AUGCCGCUGCAGCUGCCCAACGGCUUCACGGCUAUUAAAGAUGCCACCGAGGCGGAAUCCACGGUUAGUCUAAUCGGCGUGCUGGUCAGUCUUGAUCUUCCCAAAACAACGCGAGGCAAGGACAUGGCCCUGGACUUCACUAUUCAAGAUGACUUCACGUCUGGUGAGGUUGGAGGUGAAUCAAGCAUCACCUGCCGAUUGUUCAGACCAAGCGAAGACAAGUUUCCCAAGAUCUCUGGAGUUGGCGAUGUCGUCAUACUCCGGAGGUGGAAGCUGCAGCAAUACCAGUUUCGCAUGGACGCCGUUGGUUCUAGGACCUGCCACAUGGUCGUCUUCCCAAACCACAGGAUUCCCGUUCCGGAGCUGAGCGAGGCGUUUCAGGCCGGCAGUCAAAAGCUGCCUCACGCAUUGACUGGGGGCCUACCCCCGACCCCGACGAUUCCAGAGCAGAUGGCUGUCAUACAUCUAAAGCAUGCAUCCAAGGGCGCAGCACCACAAGUGAAGCAGCAUGCGGCCAUUAGUGCUUCCAAAGCCAAGACAGCAAGGAAGAAGUCUUUAAUCAAGGAUCUGCAACUCGAUACCUUCUACGAUGUUUGUGCACAGGUUGUCGACUUCUACUAUACUCAGUUAGGUGACCGAGUCGACUUGAAAGUGACCGACUAUACUCCGAAUGAACAAAUGUUCUACUACCCAGAUCCAGACUCGGAAAAAGACUUCCCGGUCAGAGAAAGGCGCUGGAGUAGUCCAUUUGGUCACAUGGUCCUCAACAUCACCGUGUAUGGAGCAAAUGCGGCUUGGAUACAGGAAAACCUUGGCCAGGGUGACUUCGUCUUAGUAAGAAACAUGCGAGCCAAGCUGGCUACAAAUGGCAAGUUGGAGGGUGCUCUACAUGAAGACAAAAUGAACGAUUCAAAAGUCGAUAUUAUGCUCCUGAAGAACGAGGGCGAGAUCGAAGCAAUUAACAAACGGCGAGAAGAGUACGAAAAGAAACGCGAGACCAAAACAGCUUUCCAGUCGUUGCAGAAUGAACCGAAGCAGCCUUCUGCCAAAUCUGCAAAGGAGAAAAGAGAGGCCAAGAAACUGAAGGCGCGAGCAGACAAGGAGGCCGAACUGGAAGAGCUCAAGCGAGCCGAACGAGAAUGGGAAAAAGGUCGUGGUGGUAUCAACACAAACGUCGAUGUUUAUCCUCCUGAAAUCAAGCUCUUCGCGCAUAGUACAAGAGACAGGAAGUGGAACAAGCAUCCCAAGCGCCAGAGCUCGACCGGUGCCCAUGCGAACGAGAAGUGGGAAUGGGGAUUCGUUCUCCUACUCGAAGAUGCCAACGUCCCUCGCGAUACAGUGGCCGAGAAACUGCGCGUGGUCGUCAACAAUGAAGCUGCGCAGUUUCUGCUAAAGAUGAACGCUGUUGAUCUCACGAAUCAGCCCAAGUUUCUCAAGAAACUCGAGGAGAAGCUCUUCAUCUUGUGGGGUAACCUGAUGGAGCUCAAGACCGAGCUGCGAGAUCGAGGAAACGAUCUGCCGCUACCACCGGGAGACAACCGCUUACAGAACAAGCCCUUUGACGCUUGCAUUGAAGAGUAUGGCUGCGAAGUACCCCCGACAAAAGACCAGCAUCAAUUUGGCUAUCAACGCAUGUAUAGGCUCGCGCAGACGGCGAUUGUGGAAUAA